CCUUAAUUUGAUUUUGUUCACUGUGAGAAACAUAUGAGAAAAAAAAUGAUUUCGUUAUAUUUUUACACCAAAUUCGUAUUUUUUGUAAUAUUAUCAUACCGUAUAUAAUAUUUUUUAAUAGUAAAAAAAUAGUCUACGCACCUGGCAACACUUUUACUUGUCAUUGUCAAAGCAAAAUGUCGGCGCCUCGCAGGUCGUCUAUGUUCCGCAAGGUAAAUAUAAAGAUUUUACUUGAUUUUCUAUUGUUUCAAGUAUUUUAAUGCUUUCACUAACUUAUCUAGACUAUUUGUUAUAUUUUGGUCUGUGAAUUAUGUGCCUUUAUGUGAAUCCUCAAGUUUUAUGACCCGCCAAAAGCUUAUGUUUAUUGUGAUGAACAUUGCCAAAUAACCUAUAAAGUACCUACAAUUUGUUAUGUUCAUCACCGUAAACGAUGCCAAAUACCUAAUGAUAAAUUAAUCCAAAAUAGUUAUGUCUUUUUUUUAACAUUUUGACGUUAUGGGUUUUAUUUUGCUUAUUUCGGUAUUUUCUGUUGCCAACAGCAUACUUUGCAUGGACGCACGGCAAAAAUAUUGGCGCUUGUGCCUAUACAGCAUGCUCCCUCAGAUACCAGUGAUAGGUCCGACAUGGACAAUGAAUUGGCAGAUCUGCAUACUCCAAGUUUAGCUUCAUCAUCAUCACCAUCUCUAGAUUCAUCUUUAGAGCGAAUGCAUAUUUUAAGCAGUCCUGAACCUGAUGCUGAAGAUCAUGACACUGGGGACGAUCCACCUGAAUUUGAUUUUACAGAAACAUCAUUGCAAUUGACUCCAGUUAUACGUCAAAUUUGCCCAGCUACGCCGACUAGAGAACCGAACUACGAGAACAUACCUUCCUUAUCUUCUAUACCAUCUCUUCCGUCUGAAGCCCCUUUAUCAACUCCUGAAAGUGCUACCAGGAAAACUCGAGCCCAAAGGCACAUUACUCCAGUGCUGGCUAAAAGACGAAAGAAAGUUCCGAAAUUUGUAUUAACCUAUAAAUGGAAAAAAAACGUCACCUUCCGUCACCAAGCUACAAUUGAAGAAAACCAAGACCAUAAUAUAAUGAAUGCCUCUUUCCUGCCCACUGCAGAUUCCCUAGAAUAUUUAAAUUUUUUUUUUCUUCAGACAUUGUGACCGAUAUUACCGUACAGUCAAAUCUAUAUUCUGUUCAAAAAACUGGCAAAUCUAUUCAAGUGACA